AAUGGUACUCACGAUCAAUCAAUCCGUUUGAUAUUGUCGAAGGGGAUUAAAAUUCCGAUGAGUGGGUAAUCGCGUUAAUACAUGGUGGUUACUGAUACCGUGAGAACUUCAAGGGUACGAGACUAUUUUCAAAAGGUGUUAAGAGUCCAAUUCAGUUGGUGCUUUCUCCGCGUUGAAGGUAUUCCAGGGCAAAGAGAAACUGACAUUAGUUAUUUUAUUACGUCAUUUCCAACGAUCGUUUGAAUUUGUGAGGACUGAACAUGAAGGUUCGAGUGAUUGUUCUGAAUAUUUUGCUGGUAAUUGCGGUGCAUUCCUCAGCGCCUGAAAUACCACCCGGACAACGAGUGUUUCUUUCCCUACCAGAAAAUGAGAGAAAAGAUUUUCUCACAUUUUCCCUGGGCGACGGCUACCAAAAAAAUGAAACCCACAUCCAGCGCUUACCAGACAUUCGUUUUCCCGACGCCCUCGGAAUUUCCGAGGAAUUAGUCGACAAAUUUCAGAAAUUGCCGGUACCUGAAAAUUUUACCACGAAUUUGUACGUCUGGGUCAAAUCUCAAUUUAAACUCAGCCAGUCGGAUCUUCGUCAACUGAUUGUCUAUCGACAGGUGUGUCUGGACAAUGGAUCGUGCAUUGAGCUCGACGACAUCGGUGGAUUAUGCUGUCCCUUCUGAGAAUAUGCAAUCAUGUGAUAAGAACGGGAGAUGGAUUAAAAAUUCAUAUAAACGUUAUUUAACGCUCGUCAGAAAUAAAAAAUUCAAAGGAAAACGUAAAAAAAAUUGAUGACACCAGGUUCGAUAAACCGCGAUUUGAACCUCGUUUCGGUCGGUUUUCAGGUCCAGCACAGCAAAAACAAAUGUCUUAGUUUCACACAUCUUUUGUAGACAUUUUUCAGACACCAAAAAACGUCUGAAUAGAAUGAAAAUUUGUUUGAAUUUCAAACACGUAGUUGAGUUGUUAAGGGGUUUCAUCGAGAAUGCUCUAGAAUUUUUCAGAAGUUCCUACGUUGCUUAAAGGGUGACGUUAGCAACUUGUUUACAAAUUGUAAGAAAAUAUAGAAUGGAAAAUCAGUAAUUCGAUAGCAUAAGAAUUAUGAAAUUACGAUAAGAAAUUUUUGAAUAGUGAGCGUUAGAAUUGUUCAAUGAUCUACUCAAUAACAUCGUGGCCGUCUCCCCCCAUGCCGUCAUGAUUGUAAAUGGCGAUGGUACGACAAUUAUGGCGAUAUUUACUCCGAUGACAUUAGCACACUAGUUGGAGCAACUAUUGUACGCUAGUUUGAGCUUCAUUGCAACCAUAAACCGAUAAUUUUAUCAACAUGAAGAGCGAUAUUAACUAUCAUAUCGAGUCCCAUUGACAACUGCGGCAUCAUUUCCAAUCAUGACGGUAGUCAAUCGCAAUGUAAUUGGCUGAAGUAUUGAAAAAUUCUAACGUUCACCAUUUGAAAGUCUAUUAUCGGAAUUUAGUAAUUGUUGUCUCAUUGAAUUCCCAAUUUUCGAUUCUAUAUCUGCCUGAAAUUUAUAAACCAAAUGCUGAUGUCACCCUGUAUUUCCACGACAAAACACAAAUCAAUUUUCGAGUUCGCUCAUUAUAUCGUUUUUCGAUUGAAGUGAUUAAGGAAAUAACAAGACAGAAGUCACAUUUUUUUGCAAAAAAAACUUUAUCUGCACUUUGCAACGUAAAUAAUCUAUACGUUAAUCAACACAAUGGAACAGUUAGCACAAUCGUUUAUUGAGUCUAUUCGUCUAUUUCUUUCGUAACUAUUUUAUUGUUGUUUACUGUUUUCUAUUUUUAUUUUUAUUAUUCGUCGAUCGAACCUAAAUAUUUCUAGACAUUCCGAUACGUGACAAUAAUCACGUACCUCUAGUGGACACUUGCUUUCAUAUUUUAUUCUGUUUAUAAAAAUAAAGUGAUUUACAAACAUUCA